AUGAAAUCUCAUCCUUAUAAUGCCUUAUAUGUUUUACAAAGGCCAAUUAUUAAUGAUAAUAAUAAUGUAGAAUUACAGCUAGAAUCUGAUGAUAAUCUACAAAUACAAUCGUUGCAGUUUAUUAAAAUACCAUCUGUUAAUUUUACGACUGAGAAAAGUAGAGCAGUUGAAAGCUGGAACCGAAAAAUCAAAAAGCAAAGAAAAAAUAACUCUUAUCUUAAUCCAAACCCGCACUUACGGCAUCUAAAUAUAAGUACUGCAAAAAAUAAACAAACCUUAAAAAUUUUGAAAAAUGGUUCAAGGUUUGCUGAAUUAAAAAGCUGCAAAUCAAGGGAAGGCAAAUUAAUUUUGAGCAAUACUUGUGCUUUUGAUGCUUUAACGGCGUUAUUGAUGGUUUGUUUCUUAUUAUAG